GACUUCCCCGACUGGAGCUACGACGGCUCCUCCACCGGCCAGGCCGAGGGCAACAACAGCGACUGCAUCGUGCGCCCCGUCCGCGUCGUCCCCGACCCCAUCCGCGGCGCCCCCCACCUGCUGAUCAUGACGGAGGUGCUCAACCCCGACGGCACCCCGCACGCCACCAACACGCGCUCCCCCCUGGCGGCCCUCAUCGACGACAAGGUCAUCGCUGAGGCCCCCCUCUUCGGCUUUGAGCAGGAGUACACCAUGCUGAAGCCCAACAGCACCGCCGUGCUGGGCUGGCCCGAGGGCGGCUACCCCGCCCCCCAGGGCCCCUUCUACUGCGCCGUGGGUGUGAACAGCGUGUACGGCCGCCCCCUGGCCGAGGCCCACAUGGAGGCCUGCCUGGCCGCCGGCCUCACCAUCAGCGGCAUCAACGCCGAGGUCAUGCCCGGGCAGUGGGAGUUCCAGAUCGGCCCGGUGGGCCCCCUGGAGGUGGGCGACGAGGUGCACCUGGCGCGCUGGCUGCUGCACCGCCUGGGUGAGGACUACGGCAUCAGCUGCACCUUCCACCCCAAGCCCAUGAAGGGCGACUGGAACGGCACCGGCGCGCACACCAACUACUCUACCGAGAGCAUGCGCAACCCAGGCGGCAUGGACGUGAUCCUGUCUGCCAUUGAGAAGCUGUCCAAGACGCACGCGGAGCACAUCAGCCAGUACGGCACCGGCAACGAGGCGCGCCUGACCGGCAAGCACGAGACCUGCGACAUGAACACCUUCAGGUACGGUGUUGCGGACCGCGGCAGCUCCAUCCGCAUCCCCCUGCCCGUGCAGCUCAAGGGCUACGGCUACCUCGAGGACCGCAGGCCCGCGGCCAACGUCGACCCCUACACCGUCGCUCGCCUGCUGAUCAAGACCACCCUCAAGUAG